CCUCUUUCUGAUCGAUCAGACUUGAUUCGAUUCCCAUCCACCCACCCACCUCUACAUAUCCUUGUACCAUCAACUCCAUCAUGGGCAAGGGAAAGAACCACGUCAAGACCCCGACCGCGUCGGCGGGCAAGUCGGGGGGCAACAAGGGAGAGUUUACGCUCAAGCGUGUCAAGGGUGAAAACUUCUACCGAGAUGCCAAGUCGGCUUCCCGCGUCAAGAUGCUCAACGGUGGAAAGGCCGUCCGAGACCGUGACGGAAAGAUCACCCAAUCCGCCGCCUUUCAAAAGACGGAAAAGGAGAUGGGCAACGAGAUGGGACGAGUCCAGCCCGAUCGACGAUGGUUCGGAAACACCCGGGUCAUCAGCCAGAACGCACUGGACCACUUUCGGACGUCGCUCUCGGCCCAGGUGGCCAACCCGUACAGCGUGUUGUUGAGGAGGAACAAGCUGCCCAUGGGCCUGUUGGAAGAGGAGGGCAAGGGACAGGAGGGCAAGAGGGUGCAUAUCGUGGAGACGGAGCCGUUUUCGGGAACGUUCGGACCCAAGGCGCAGAGGAAACGACCGAGGUUGGAAGUGGGGAGUUUGGAAGAGCUCGGCAAGGAUGUCGCCGAUGCUCACGCCGAGAAGGAGGCCAACCCGGAUGCAUACAUUGAACAACCCGCUUCCUUCCACCCCGUCCGAUCCCUCAUGUCCGAACCCAUCUACGCCAAAGGUACCUCCCGUCGUAUCUGGGGAGAACUCUACAAGGUGCUCGACUCGUCCGACGUCGUCAUCCACGUGCUCGACGCCAGGGACCCCAUGGGAACCAGGUGUAAACCCGUCGUCGAGUUUUUGAAAAAGGAAAAGGCCCAUAAACAGUUGAUCUACGUGUUGAACAAGGUCGAUCUCGUGCCUACCUGGGUGACCGCUCGAUGGGUGAAACACCUCUCCCUUCAGGCACCUACCAUUGCUUUCCACGCGUCCAUCAAUAACUCGUUCGGAAAGGGAUCCUUGAUCCAGCUCUUGCGACAGUUCUCGGUCCUCCAUUCGGAUAAGAAGCAGAUCUCGGUUGGUCUGAUCGGGUAUCCGAACGUCGGGAAGAGUAGUAUCAUCAACACGCUCAAGAAGAAAAAGGUCUGCACCGUCGCUCCUAUUCCCGGUGAAACCAAGGUCUGGCAAUACAUCACCUUGAUGAAGAGGAUCUAUCUCAUUGAUUGUCCCGGUAUCGUGCCCAUCUCGGCCAAGGAUUCCGAGACGGAUACCGUGCUCAAGGGAGUCGUCCGAGUGGAAAACCUGCAGACCCCUGCGGAACACAUCCCGGGCUUGUUGAAGCGAGUACGGCCGGCAUACAUCGAGCGGACGUACGGACUCGAGCCUAGGGAAGGUGGAUGGGAGGGAGAAGAGGGCGCGACGGUCUUGCUCAGCACGAUCGCCAAGCGAAUGGGCAAGCUGUUGAAGGGUGGUGAACCCGAUCAGGAGAGUAUCGCCAAGAUCAUGCUGAAUGACUGGAUCCGAGGCAAGAUCCCAUACUUUGCCAUGCCUCCUGACAAGAACGCUGGUCAACCCGACGCUGGCAAGGAGGUUGAGGGCGAGCUUACUGUCGAAGAGAAGGCCGUGCAGGAGGAGCUGGCUGCCAGGGAGGCCGAACUCGCCAAGACGUUGGGUGAACGCAAGGUCAAGGGUGUCGAGCAGCCCUUGCGAAACAUUAUCACCAUGAGCAAAUUUAUCGGCGAUGACAACCGUAGAAUCGCCGAUGACGAGAGUGACGAGGAGAUGGUACCCGGUGAAGGGUACGACAAGUCGGACGACGAGGACGAUGUCGAGGCGGCCGAGGCCGAAGAUGAGAUGGCUUGGGAUGAUUUGUUCCCCAAGGCCGGUUCAUCGUCUAAGCCGGUCAUGGCGGGCGAUGAGAGCGAUGAUGGUGGUCUUGAUGGUGAUCUCGGAGACGAUGACGAGCUCGAGCUCGAGGACGAUGCUGAGAAGGACGACAUGGAGGAUGAAGAGGAUGACGAGGAAGAGGAGGUUGAGGAAGAGGAAGCUGUCCCUGUUGCAUCGGCCAAGGCAAAAGGCAAGCGAGCCGCUGUCGCUGAUCUCGACGAAACCGACGGCAAGCGACCCGCCAAGGCUCCUCGAAUGACGACCAACAAGCAGAAAUCGACCAACUACUACACCACGGCUAACGUCAAGAACCGAAACCGAGAACGCAAAGUGCCCAAAAUCAACUCGACCAAAGGCGAGCGGCCAAAAGCCGCCAAAGAGGGCAAGAUCAGGAUGAGACGGUCGUGAUCUGAAAGCCUUGGUAUGGAUACCUCCCAAUUAUGUAUUCUCAGACGUACUGGUGUAAGAUAGUGUAUCUUUCGCCCACAUUGUAAUAAUGUUGUAGAUGGGUUUGCUCUUUGCGUUACGACCUGCCAUGAUAUCAUCAAGUCAUUCCGUGCA